AUGCCCAUAUUAGAGACACUAUUUGGUAGGGCCACAACUCCUGCCGAACGACUCCGACAACAUCUUAGAUCACUACAGCGUGCGCAGAGGGAGCUUGAACGGGAACGCUCGAAGCUCGAAGCACAGGAAAAGAAACUCGUGAAUGACAUUAAGCGUCAUGCACGCCAAGGCCAAAUGUCGGCUUGCAAUGUUAUGGCCAAAGAUCUCGUAAGAACUCGAAAAAAUAUCCAUAAGUUUUAUCAGAUGAGCACUCAGCUCCAGGCUGUGGGCCUUCGGAUGCAAACAUUACGGAGUUCCCAGCAAAUGGCAGAGGCGAUGCGCGGAGCAUCACGGUCACUUGCAUCUAUGAAUCGUUCGAUGAAUGUCGUGGCUGUUCAGCGCAUACUUCAGGAAUUUGAACGUGAGUCUAGCGCGAUGGAUAUGAAGGAUGAAAUUAUGAACGAUACGAUUGAGGAUGCGAUUGGAAAUGAAGAUGACGUCCUAGGAGAUGCUAUAAAUGAAGAUGAAGAAAGUGAUGCUAUAUUGCGAGAAGUCUUGGACGAAAUUGGAGUCGACCUUAGCCAAAAGGUAUGUGAUAUUAUGACUGACCUUAGCUACGCAAUGCACCUCAAAGCAGCAUUUCAGCUAACGUUGUUGACAAUUCAUCAAAAAUAG